AUGUCGGCCGCACCUCGCUCCAUCAAGGCGCUCGCCUGCUUCGGCAAGAGCGAGCCCGUCCAGCCCUGGGAGUACGAGUCCCGCCCGCUGGGCCCCGAGGACGUGGAGAUCAAGAUCUCGCACUGCGGCAUCUGCGGCUCGGACCUGCACGUGAUCGACAGCGGCUGGAAGCCCACGCUGUACCCGUGCGUGGUGGGCCACGAGAUCGUGGGCCAGGUGACGCUGGCCGGCGAGCAGGUCAAGGAGCUCAAGGUGAGCGACCGCGUGGGCGUCGGCGCGCAGGACUGCGCCAAGGGCGCCGACGCCUACUGCUCGGGCAUCGUGGGCACGUACAACUCCAAGUACAAAGACGGCAGCAAGACCUACGGCGGCUACGCCGAGUACGUGCGCGUGCUGGGAGCCUACGCCUUCAAGAUCCCGGAGAGCAUCCCGUCGGACGCUGCGGCCCCGCUGCUGUGUGCUGGUACGACGGUGUUCACGCCCUUCAAGGAGGAGGGCGUGAAGCCUGGCGACCGCGUUGGUAUCGUGGGCAUUGGCGGUCUCGGCCACCUGGCGAUUCAGUUCGCCAAGGCCAUGGGCGCCGAAGCCGUCGUGGCCUUCUCCCGAGGUGCGCUCGCUGGGCGCAGACGAGCCAAGGCGGCCGAGGGCUCCGUGGACAUCCUGCUCGUGACGGCCGAUGCCGACGGCAUGCCGUAUCAACUGUUCCUGAGCUUCCUCGCGUCGCGCGGCACGUGCAUCAUGGUGGGUCUGCCCAACGAGUCACACCCCGGACACGAGGGUCACCAACUGCUCACCGAGAAGAACGGUGGAUACGGCAGUUGCUCGUGGAUACUAUGGAAGCUACCAGAGUGGACAGUAGAGCUUGCUGCGAGCGUUUACCUCGAGAACACCACGGUCAACCACGAGGUCAAGUUCAAGCCUGCUCAGGUGGUCAUGAAGGGCGCCAAGUUCGUGGGCAGCCACAUUGGCAGCAUCCAGGACGUGCUGGCGCUGGCGGCGAAGAAGAACGUGCGCCCUGUGAUCCAGAGGCUGCCCAUGAGCAAGGCCAACGAAGGCAUCCAGAUGCUGCGCGAUGGCAAGGUCCGCUACCGUGUCGAGCUUGAGAACUAG